UUGCAUAAUUGCAUUUCCAAUAUUUUCACUGAGAGAGAGAGAGAGAGAGAGCUGCUAAGAGCAAUGACGAUAGUGGUGGACAAAGUGCUAGAGGAUCAGGUAGCCCAGGGAGUAAACGCGUUGGUCCAAACUGUAGCAUACAACGUGAAGUUGGUUCGUGGCAUAGAUUCUGAGAUUAAGGAUCUCACCUCCGACAUCCAAACCUUUAGCGCCAGGCUUAUAGAAGCUUCCAAGAACUCAUGGGCCAAUGAUCACCACGUUUUGAGAGUUGUUGUCAAAAAAUUCGGAAAUGUUGUGAAUGAAGCCCAGGAUACGAUUGCCGACUACCUUGCACUGAAGGGGAAGCAUGUAGACAAUGUGUUCUCAAAAUCUUUGGAUAAGAUUCCAUUUUGUGGAAAGAUCAAUGAUUUUGCGAGCGAGAUCCAGUCCAUAAGGGCUAAGCUGGCUAUGAUUCGUCAAGACCACGGACAAGAACUUCUACAACUCAUGACGUACAAAAUCAAUGAACAAAACAAGGGUCUGCUAACUCUCCAGGUUCGACCAACAGUAGAGAAAGACAAAGUAUUUGGAUUUGAAAAUGAUUUGAAGACCAUAAAGGGUUUUAUAGAGGCAUCUGAUAAUUUUAUUGUCAUCCCAAUUGUGGGGAUAACUGGGUCUGGAAAAACUAUAAUUGCCUCGAUGAUUUUUGAGGAUCAAUGCAUUACUAACGAAAAUUUUGAGGAGUACAUUUGGGUUCAUGUUUCGCAAGGUUUUGAUAGAAAACAAAAAUUCAUUGACAUCCUCUGUCAAAUUACUAGCAGUACAAAGGACAUUAGCAUGAUGACUGAAGAAGGGUUGGCACGUGAAAUAUGUGAACUUUUGAAGAAUCAAAAGUAUUUUGUUGUAUUGGAUGAUGUACGAAAAAAAGAAGAUUGGGAUUCUUUUAAAGUUGUAUUCCCUACAAACUUGAAAGGAAGUAGGGUCUUGGUGACCUCCCCAUAUGGUAAUGUAGUUGAUUCUAACUGGAAAUCUCAUAAUUUAGAAAAGUUAAGCAAUGAGAAAGGUUGGUUGCUAUUGAAAAAUAAUGCUUUUGGUACAGAGGGAUACAGUGACGAAGUAUUAGAAAAGGUGGGGAAAGAAGUAGCAAAUAGAUGCAAUGGAUUACCACUAGCUCUAGUAGCGGUAGCUGGUAUUCUACGUCAACGUAGGAAUAUUGUUGACUGGCAACGGGUUGCUGAAAAUCCUUUUUUAGAAAUUAAUCAAGAAGGCCAAAUCUACCGUAACCGAGUAAAAAUGACUUACAAUGAUUUGCCUGAUGAGAAAUUGAAAAAUUGCUUCCUAUAUUUUGCAUGUUUUCCCAUUGGGCAUGAGAUUGUUGUUUGGAAGUUGAUUCGCUUGUGGAUUGCUGAAGAACUCAUUCCAACAAUAGACGAGCAGGGGUAUGCUUUAGAGGCAGAAGUUGAAGCUGAAAAAUAUUUGAAUGAUCUUGUGGAUAGAAAUCUUGUGAUGGUGAAAAAACGAAGAGUAAAUGGGCAAAUAAAAACGUGUUCUAUCCACAACACAUUGCAUGAGUUUUGCAAAAGUGAAGGUGCAAGGAUAAAUUUGUUCCAUGUAAUGGAUGAGGGGCAAAGAUUAGAUGAGAAUACUUCUUCAACUCCUCAUGUGAAUAUUUCUUCAACUCGUCGUCUUUGUUUCCACUCCUUUACUCAAAAAAAAUGUGAUGUCCUCAUCAAUUCCUACAACCAAAAGGGGAGGAGUUUAUGUCCAUUUGGCAAACAUAUCCGUUCUUUGUUGUUGUUUCCCUCACAAAACAGUGAGACAUUUGUUUUUACAACAAAGGAUUUAGCAACCAUCCCAAAAGCCUUUCCGCUUCUUAGGGUGUUGAACAUUGAAUUCUCCAUCGAAUUUGCUGAUGAUAAGUUCAAAACGGAUGAGCUUUACAACUUACAUCUCCUUAGGUAUCUUGCUAUCAAAACCAUUAAUCUCAAUUCUCUCUCCAAAUCAUUCAAAAAUCUCCGUGGAUUAGAGACUUUAGUGAUCGAAACCACAUCAUGGAAACUAAAAAUUGAUAAAGGCAUAUGGAACAUGAAUAAGUUAAGGCAUGUACACACCAAUACAUCCGUGCAAUUACCCUUUCCUCCAAAGAGAAGCACAACUAACUCCGGAGGAAAAGACAUCCACACACUUUCUACAAUAUCGCCAACAAAUUGCACAAAAGAGUUCUUUGAGAAGACCCCCAAUCUCCAAAAAUUAGGUGUUCGUGGGGAUUUAUCAGAAUUUCUAAAGGAACCGGUAGUAAGUUUUUUAUUCGAAAAUCUAAAACGCCUUGAAAACUUGAAGCUCUAUGGCCAGUAUGAUAAAGUGUUAACUUUCCCAAGUGGGAUCGUGGAUGCACCAAGGCUAAAAAAGUUGAGCUUCUCCGGCACACUGUUUGAGUGGAAAGACAUGAGAGUAUUGGGGUCGUUGGAGGAGCUUGAGGUGUUAAAGUUGGAUGACUAUGCAUUCAAGGGGGAGAAUUGGGAACUAAGCAAUGAUGUUGUUUUCAAACGCCUUCAAUAUUUGCGCAUUGGAAGGACCAACCUAACAAUUUGGAAGUUGGCCACAGAAAAUAGCUUCCCAGCUUUACGAAGUCUAAUCCUUCGAAAUUGUAGCUCCCUACAACAAAUUCCAGAAGCUUUUGCUAAUGUUCAUACCCUUGAGGUGAUGGAAUUGUUUCACAUGAGUGAAAGUGCCCUUCAGUCUGCAAAAGAGGUCAAAGAAAAGCAGCUCAAAAACUGUGGAUUCCAGCUCCUCAUACCCCCUAAAAUGGGAAAGGGACCAAUGACGGCAGACACGGAGACAAUAAUAGAGCAAGCGGUAAACAUAAUGGUUCAAUUUGUAGAGUAUGGUGGUGAGUGGAGUGGUGGGCCUCCUGGCUUAUAUUCGAAGUUAAAGGAUGUGAGCUUCAAUAUCCAAAUGAUUAAUGCCAGGCUCCACCAAGCUUACACGAAUCCAAUUGCAUCUGUCGAUGUUUCGAUGCUGAAAACCUUCCAAACUAUUGUGCAUGAAGCUACGGAUGCCGCUGACAAGUACUGGGAUCUGAAGAUAUUCUAUAAAGACAAAACCCUCACAAAGUUUUUGGAAUCCUAUAGAAGAGAGGUCAAAUCUUGUGCAAGUAGGAUCCAGUCUGUUAGAUCAAAGGUUACUAAUAUGAUGAUUCGCCAACAACACGAAAUUGACCGUCACUCCCCCACCAUCAACCGAAACAAUGUUCUGCUAACUCUCCAGAUAGAGAGACCAAUAGGCUUUGACAAAGCGAUAAAGAAAGUAGAGCAGGCGGUAAACAUGCUACACAAAACUGUAGGAGACAAUGUCCACCUGGUUUCUGACAGUAUGAAGUCUGAGAUAGAGGACAUAACCUCUCAAAUCAAAACGUUUACUGAGAGCUUGGUCGUAGCUUGCAAGAGCCCACUGGCCAAUGAACACCGUCUUUUGAGACUAAUAGUAACACAUUUCGGAACACAUGUGAAUGAAGCCAGGGAUGCGGUUGCCAACUACUUUGCACAGGAGAAGAAGCAUGGAUUGGCAAAAGCUUUUGAUAAGAUUCGGCUUUGUGGAGAGCUCAAUAAUGUUGCGAGUGAGAUCCUGUCCAUUAAGAAAAAAGUGGAAACCAUUAGCGAAUACCUCGAAGAAGACCUUCGUCACCUCCAGGACGACUACAACGAACGUAGUGAUGAUGAUCCGCCACCUCCCAAGGUUUGCGCAGUGUUACGUGAAAAUAAGAUAGUGGGCUUUAUUGAUGAUUUGAAAGUCAUAAAAACUCGAUUAAUGGAAGCAUCCAAAGAUUUUUUUGUCAUCCCAAUUGUGGGGAAUGCUGGAACAGGAAAAACUACAUUUGCCUUAAAGCUUUUUGAAGACCUGGAAAUCCGCGAAUGUUUCACACAUUGCGUUUGGGUUCAUGUUUCACGAGACUUUCAUAGAAAGCAAAAAUUCAUUGACAUUCUACAUCAAAUUUCCAAGCAAACAGAAGACUUUAGCAUGAAGUUAGAAGAUGAGUUGGAAGAUAAAGUAAAGGGAUUAUUAAAGGAUGAAAGAUAUCUCAUUGUAGUGGAUGAUGUGUGGGAAAAAGAAGAUUGGGAUUCUUUAAAAGUUGCAUUCCCUACAAAUUUGAAAGGGAGUAGAGUCCUGGUAACCACCUGGAGCAGCAAUGUAGUUGAUUCUACCUGGAAAUCUCAUAGUUUAGGAAAGUUGAGCAAUAAAGAUGGUUGGUUGCUAAUAAAAGAUAAUGUUUUUGGUUCAGAGGGAUGGUGUGACACAUUAAUUGAAGAGCUUGGGAUAAAAAUAGCAAAAAAGUGCAAUGGAAUACUACACGCUCUAGUACUGGCAGUUGGUAUCCUACGCAAUUGUAUAACUUCUGCUAGUUGGCAACGAGUGGCAGAUAAUCCGCUUCUAGAAAUUAACGGAGAAGACCAAAGCUACCAUGAGCUAGUAAAGUUGAGCUACAAUAAUUUGCCUGAUCAGGAGUUGAAAAAUUGCUUCUUAUAUUUUGCAUGUUUUCCCAAGGGACAUGAGAUUGUUGCUUGGAAGUUAAUUUGUUUGUGGAUUGCUGAAGGAUUCUUUCCAGAAGAUGAGUGGGGCCCUUUGAACAAAGAAGUUGAAGCUUUAAACUAUUUGAAUGUUCUUGUUAAUAGAAAUCUUGUGAUGGUAAAGAAAAGAAGUGCAGAUGGUCAAAUCAAAACAUGUUGCAUUCAUGACACAUUACAUGAGUUCUGCAGAAGUGAAGCUGAAAAGACACAGUUAUUCCAUGUAAUGGAUGAGGGGCAAAGAUUAAAUGCAAGAAUUCGUUUGAACCGUCUUUGUUCGUAUUACACUAUGAACAUAUUUGAUGUAGAAAGCAAUAAUCCAUCUGAUUCAUUCUCCAAUCUCUUCAACAAAAGGAUGGGUUCAUAUCAAAAUAGUAAAUUUGUUAAAUCUUUGUUGCUGUCAUCCUCGCAAAAGAGUGAGAUUCAUUCGAAGCCAAAGCAGUUGGAAAUCAUCCUAAAAACCUUUCAAUAUCUUGAAGUGUUGAAUAUUGAAUCCCUCAAAUUUAGCUCACUGCCAAAUGAGCUUUUUUCUAAAUACAGAGGUAUCAAAUAUCUUGCAAUCACAGCUGAUAUCAGUUCCAUCCCCGAGUCAUUCAAAUAUUUUUCACAUUUGGAGAAUCUAGUGAUCAAAACCACAGAAAGGGCACUAGAAAUUAAUGGAGGCAUAUGGAACAUGAAAAAGCUAAGAUAUCCACACACUUUCUACAAUAUCACCAAGAAGUUGCACAAACGAGAUCUUCAACAAGACCCCCAAACUCCAAAAAUUAGGUGUUUGCGGCGAUUUAUCCAAACUUCUCGAGGAAAAGCAAAAUGUUUGCUUGUUCAACAAUCUUCAAAUGCUAAAAUGCCUCAAAAACUUGAAGCUUCAUGGCAACUCUGA